CCGUAGUCAGACAGUCAGUGGAACAAUGUCGGAGGAGGGCUCGGAAAGUUCUUCACAGGCAGUGACCGUGGCUGAUGUACAGCAGCUGGUGAAAAAGAAAGAUGCCAUUGAGGCUCAGAUCAAAGCUUACUAUGAUAUUUUGGAGGGGCAAAAUAAAGCUGGAAUGGAUGAGCCUUUAGUUGAUGUUGAAGGAUAUCCUCGAAACGAUAUUGAUGUUUAUGAAGUUCGAACAGCUCGGCAUAAUAUCAUUUGCCUACAAAAUGACCAUAAAGCCUUAAUGAAACAAAUUGAGGAAGCACUCCAUCAGCUACAUGCACGUGACCGGGAGAAGCAUAGACUGGAUGAGGCAGAAGUGCAUCCUGAAGUAAUGGAACAGGAGAAUAGUUUACCCGCUGCUUUUGCCAAAGUAGACACUGUUAGUCCAAGUUCACCUGCCCAUAUUUCGGGUUUGCAAGUUGGUGAUGAAAUAAUAGAAUUUGGUUCAGUAAAUACUCAAAACUUUCAAAACUUACAAAAUAUUGCCACAGUGGUGCAGCACAGUGAAGGGAAUCCUUUAAACAUAACAGUUAUUCGAAAUGGACAAACUGUACAUAUGAGUCUCACACCUCAGCGAUGGAGUGGAAGAGGAUUAUUAGGGUGUAAUAUUAUUCCCUUGCAGCACUAAAGGUUGUUGAUUCAGCAUGAGAAAACCUUCACAAACUGCAAAACACUCACACCACGGCAACAUGAAAUUGGAGCAAAUCUGGACAUUGGAACUUUACAGCUCCCUAUUUCAAGCAAAGUUAUUGAAAGCAAAGUAUUUAUUUAGUUUGAAUAGUUUCUAUGGAAAGAUUUUUUUUCUCCACUUCUUUUUCAGAUUAAAUUUAAAUUCUUUCAUAAUUUACCAUCAUAUCAUUCAUCAACUGAGACUGUCACAGCCUUUGUUGCUAUGGUAUGCGACCGGUGUAUCAAUGGGUGAAAGAUUGAAUUGAUUUUGCUUGCUCUUUAUUUCUAAGCUCAGUUGUAUUGAUUUUGAAUUAAGGAUAUUAUGGAAAACAUUUGCUGAUUUGUAGGGAUUGUUGGUAAAAUACCUGCUUUGGGAAUAGGUCAAAUGCAUAGCUGAGUAUACAAGGGUCUUCAAUGUGCAUAACAAAUUGCAGAUGCUGUGUCUGUAUAAGAAAAAUGGAAAUAUGUAGUUAGUGAGCUUUCUCAUGUGUUAACAUCACAAAUGUCCGAAGUGACUUUUUUAAUACAGGUUCAAUGAUUUUUCUGAAUCUUUACAAUUUCAAAAUACUGAAUAUUGAUUUGUAUUUUAUUGAAAUAUACAAACAGUUCAUGAAUAAAAUAAAUUUAUUUUG